AUGGACCUCUCUUGGUGUAUCAUUUGCGAUCGUCAUUGUACUGGAGACAAUUUAUAUUGCUCUGAAACGUGCCGCACGCAAGACAUCAAGCAGAAAAAGGCUUACGUUUCGCCGUUUAUGUUCGACCAAAGUCCCUCCACCUCUCUUGUUUCCUCUCCAUUAUUAGACCCCUUCCUAUCUUCUUUUAACCAUGAAAGGAGAGCCUCAGUUACUAUCAGCAGGUCUAUACAGUAUAACAACGACAUUGCCAUAUACCCCAGUCCAUCCAGUAUUACAAGUAUUCAGCUCAUUUAA